GCUGCAGCGCUAGUCUCCAAGUAGAACCGGUUCGGCGUGGCGGUUGAUGUGUGCGUUAUAUGUAAUACAACGACUAUAAGAACGCGAGCCUUAUUUUAUUAAGAGGAAACGUUAGUCAUAUUUUGAUGCCGCCAAGCUCUAAUUUAACUGCUUGACAGCUCAGUUAAAACCAUGGAACUUACUGACGCGGCUCCUUGGCUGUCUCGCUGCUGCGUACCUGCGUCGUCCGUUGACCAUUAAACUGAAUCACGUUUCAGUCUCGACAAGUGCUUUAGUGACACACCCAGACUUUGGACACUGCGUACCGGCCUCCGCAUACUACUGGUUAUCGUUAACAGAGUCGCUCGUGUGUAUUUGGGCGAGGGCUGGGUGGUGAAAUUGGUGGCAACUACUUGUCUCCACUCUGUUACGUGUCAUCAUCAUCAUCAUCAUCAGUUCUCUGCUGCGGAGUCGUCCGAGCCAUGACAAUGCGCCCGCUGCUUGCGCGGACCCUUGUCUGAAUGGAUGUCAGCGGAUCAUGGAUAUCGGUUUCUCCACUCUAUGCUUCCAACGUAAACGCGCUCUAAAUGGAUGAGGAACUAGACAGCCGCAAAGUCAACAACAGCUUCCUUCGCGAUCACAACUAUGCAACCGAAGCUGACAUCAUAUCCACGGUCGAGUUCAACUCCACCGGAGAGCUCCUGGCCACGGGGGACAAAGGAGGUCGUGUGGUGGUGUUCCAGAGAGAACAGGAGAGUAAGAACCAGCCCCACCGACGAGGGGAGUACAAUGUUUACAGCACCUUUCAGAGCCACGAGCCUGAGUUCGACUACCUGAAAAGCCUGGAAAUUGAGGAGAAGAUCAACAAGAUCCGCUGGCUGCCUCAGCAAAAUGCUGCCUACUUCCUCCUCUCCACCAAUGACAAAACCGUCAAGCUGUGGAAGAUCAGCGAGAGGGACAAGAGGCCAGAGGGCUACAACCUAAAGGAUGAGGACGGCAGGGUGAGGGACCCCUCCACCAUCACGGCCCUGAGGGUGCCGGUGUUGAGGCCCAUGGACCUGAUGGUGGAGGCCACACCUCGCCGAGUAUUCUCCAAUGCGCACACCUACCACAUCAACUCAAUCUCAGUCAACAGUGACUAUGAGACAUACAUGUCCACAGAUGACUUGAGAAUCAACCUGUGGAACCUGGAGAUCACCAACAGAAGCUUCAAUAUUGUAGACAUUAAGCCAGCCAAUAUGGAAGAGCUGACUGAAGUGAUCACAGCAGCAGAGUUUCACCCCAACCACUGCAACACAUUCGUCUACAGCAGCAGUAAGGGCUCCCUACGGCUGUGUGACAUGCGCGCAGCGGCACUCUGUGACAACCACUCCAAAUUCUUUGAGGAGCCAGAGGACCCCAAUAAUCGCUCCUUCUUCUCAGAGAUCAUCUCCUCCAUCUCAGAUGUCAAGUUCAGCCACAGUGGUCGCUACCUAAUGACCCGUGACUACCUCACCGUAAAGGUGUGGGACCUCAAUAUGGAGAGCAAACCUCUGGAAACUUACCAGGUCCAUGACUACCUGAGAAGUAAGAUGUGCUCUCUCUACGAGAACGACUGCAUCUUUGACAAGUUUGAAUGUGUCUGGAAUGGGACUGACAGUGUCCUCAUGACGGGCUCCUACAAUAACUUCUUCCGCAUGUUUGAUCGUAACACUAAACGUGACGUGACACUGGAGGCGUCGCGGGAAAACAGCAAACCUCGAGCCAUCCUCAAGCCGCGCAAGGUGUGCAUGGGUGGCAAGCGUCGUAAAGAUGAGAUCAGCGUGGACAGCUUGGACUUCAGUAAGAAGAUUCUCCACACAGCCUGGCACCCAUCCGAGAACAUAAUUGCUGUGGCCGCCACCAACAACCUCUAUAUAUUCCAGGACAAAGUCAACUAGCAUGCAGCUCUGAGGUGCUUCAUCAUCCCAGACAGACUGGCACCACUCGUCAAUGGGAACUGGUAGAUUUAAGGACUUAUGGGCAGUGACUCCUGCUUUCGGGGAGCAACGUUUGAUUGAGCAUUUCUGGCCUCACAGCAGAUUGUAACCACUGCUAUGAAUCCCAUGUACUGUACAUUUCAGGUUACUACAAAACCCUGAAGAAUGCUAGUGGCUGUUGCCUGUUCCUUUUGAUUUAGUUCUCCCUUUCUCCAAGUCUCCCUUUGCUGUAGAUUUUAAUUUGGUAUGCACAGCAAUACAGUGGAGAUAUUUCUGCAUUUCAUUGCAAUGUAGAGUGUUUUUUUGUUUUUUUAAAUCAUCUGAGCCCAAAUACUCCAACCGGUUCUUUUUUGGCAGGACUAAAGGUUAUCUGAUGGAAGGCUGGAUGCCAGACUGCCUUGGCCUUUAGGUGCCCAUCAACCAUACCCUGAUCCCCUUUUAUUUAUUCCCCAUUUUAGUUCACGAAGGUGCAUGCAUCAUUUCAACAGUCUGGGUUGGAAGGUGCACCAGGGAACUGUUUUAAGAUGGAAGAAAAACAAUGUAGCACUGUACUGCUUUUGUUCUAAUUUUCUAAGGAAACUUUAAAAAGUGUAAUAAAAAAAACAAGAGGAACCAA